GUACUAAUAAAGGACUUGGAUAUUCUGCUCAUUUUGUGGGAAGUUGUUUGAUUGUGACAUCAAUAAAAUCAAAAGGAAAAGGAUUUCAGCAUUGUGUAAAGUAUGACUUCAAGCCCCAGAAGUGGUACAUGGUGACUAUUGUACAUAUUUACAAUCGUUGGAAGAACAGCGAGAUCCGGUGCUAUGUGAAUGGUGAACUGGCUUCUUUUGGAGAGAUUACAUGGCUUGUGAAUACUAGUGAUACAUUUGAUAAAUGUUUCCUUGGAUCUUCAGAAACAGCAGAUGCGAACAGAGUAUUCUGUGGGCAACUUGGAGCAGUUUAUGUCUUUGCUGAAGCUCUAAAUGCAGCACAGAUAUUUGCAAUAUAUCAACUUGGCCCUGGAUACAAGGGGACAUUUAAAUUCAAGGCAGAAAGUGACCUCCUACUUGCUGAGCACCACAAGUCACUGCUUUAUGAUGGCAAAUUGUCUAGUAGUAUUGCAUUCACAUACAACCCAAAGGCCACAGAUGCUCAGCUCUGUCUAGAAUCAUCCCCAAAGGAUAAUCCAUCUAUUUUUGUGCAUUCCCCACAUGCUCUAAUGCUUCAGGAUGUCAAAGCUGUUGUAACACAUUCUGUACAAAGUGCCAUACAUUCAAUUGGUGGCAUCCAGGUGCUUUUCCCAUUAUUUGCGCAGCUUGAUUACGGUCAGUAUUCUUCUGACCAAGUUGACAGCACAGUUUG